CUGCAAGACACUCUGAAUUGUUGUUGUUUUUGGCGAGACGAGGCAAAAGAAGUUAAAAUAACAAAAUAUAUUUUCGAAAAACACUAGAAUAUCAAACGACGGGAAAGUCAUGGACACAGGGAUCACCACCAAGGAGCGGCUGGAGCGUCUGAUGAACGCGAAGAAGCAGCUGGAGGCGCAGAUCACCAAAAACGGACAGAUCCUGGCCGCCAACGAUAAUGUGGGGAUGAGCGGUCCGCUGGUGGACUCGGAGGGCUUUCCGCGCAACGACAUCGACAUUUACCAGGUGCGCCAGGCCCGCCAAACGAUCAUCUGCCUGCAAAACGACCACAAGGAGCUGAUGAACCAGAUCCAGAGCCUGCUUAACCAAUACCACAGUGAGAUUGCCACCACAGAUCCCGAGCUGGUGAACCGCGCAUCCGCCUUGGAUUUGGACAGCGACCGAUCACCAGGAGGAGCGAAUAUAGCUGAUCUUGCACCUGUUCGCGCCAUCGUGGUGGUGAACCUAGUUAGUCCCGAUUCACCCGCCGAGAAAGCUGGACUCUGUGUGGGCGAUGCCAUCCUCCGUUUCGGUUCCGUCAACAGCAACAAUUUCAAGGGAGAUCUCGGCCAAAUUGGCGAGGUGGUGCGCAACAUGCAAAACCAGAAUGUCCAACUCAAAGUGAAGCGAGGCGAACAGCAGCUGGAUCUGAUCCUGGUGCCCAAGACUUGGAGUGGACGCGGCCUCCUUGGCUGCAACAUUGUCCUGCCGCCGGAGUCCAUGGAACACUGAAUUAGUUACCUUUUAAGCUUUGACGGAAGUGCCAGUGUACAUUUGCUCUGCAUUUAAUUAUUAGUUCAUGGCCAGGCCACCUAACAUGUUUGCUCUGAUUUGUGGAAAUUGAUUUUUGGUUUGGUAGCCUGAAUACGGGUUUUUAGGCCAAUUUAGUCGGAGUCAUCUUGCUGAUUGGCAGGCAGGUCACUGUGCCAAGGAGCAGGAAUGGAGUCACCCAAGGUAGAUGAGACUGCGACCCGUUAAGUAUACUCAAUUUUAUUCAGGGUAAGAUAAAGAAUGGCUGAGGAUUUAGUAAGCUAUAUAUCCUUUCGAAUGAUUACGUUAAAAUUGACUUGCUGUAAAAAAACAGUUAUCAAAAAUAAAAAAAAUUGAUCAAAAUA